UCGUGCUUCGGCUCUCGCCAGGCAAAAAUGUCCGCCUAAGGGAAACUCGCAAGUUACAUAUUAAGUGGAUUUUUGCAAACAAGGAGGAGGAAAGUCUAAAAUCUAAGCGCUCACGGAUCGACCCGGCUGUGUUUUAGAGGAGAACCGAGGGGAGCCGCGCCGCCGCCGCCACGCCCGAUCGCCCUAGUGGGAUUUUAAACCGGAGAAAGAGGUUUAGUACACGGCCGAAAGGAUGAACCCCCAGCAGCGGAUCGCCGCUAUUGGAACUGAUAAGGAGUUGAGUGACCUGCUGGAUUUUAGUGCGAUGUUCUCUCCGCCGGUGAGCAGUGGGAAAAACAGGCCGACCACUCUGGGAAGCAGCCAGUUCAGUGCAUCAGGUAUAGAUGAGCGGACAGCCGAGACGUCUUGGGCCCCAGGUGGCCAGUCCAGCCCCUCGUAUGACGAGUCCUCCAGGGGUUUUGCAGACAGCCCUCAUUAUGGUGAUCACUUGAGUGACAGUCGAUUAGUGUCCCAUGAAGGAUUGUCCCCGACACCUUUCAUGAGCUCCGGCAUAAUGGGAAAGUCUGAGAGAGCUGCGUUCUCGGCGUUUGGGAGGGAGGCAGGUGUUUCUGGCUGUCAGACAAUGCGAUCCCUGGUUCCUGUCAACACCAACAACCUAAAGAAAACAGACUCAUCUACACUGCGGCCGGAAAUGGGACUCGCCAGUCCAGGACCCGUGAGCACACCUGGGAAGACCCCCGCUCCUUUCUACUCCUUCCCCGGAUCCAAUCCUCGAAGACGUUCUCUGCAGGACUCCGCUCCUAUGGAUCCUCACCAAACAAAGAAAGUGCGCAAGGUUCCCCCCGGCCUGCCAUCGUCCGUGUACGCACCCUCGCCGAACUCAGACGACUUCAACAGAGAUUCUCCCUCCUAUCCCUCCUCCAAACCCCCCAGCACCAUGUUCACAAGCACUUUCUUCGACGGGACCCACAAUUCCUCUGACCCGUGGAACUCAUCCAACGGGAUCAACCAGCCCGGAUACGGGGGGAUGCUGGGGGGAUCUUCAUCUCACAUGCCACAGUCUGGAAACUACAGCAGUCUGCACUCGCACGACCGCCUGAACUACCCCCCUCACUCAGUGUCCCCCACCGACAUUAACCCCAGCCUGCCGCCCAUGUCCAGCUUCCACCGCAGCAACGCCAGCAGCUCGCCCUACGUCACCGCCUCACACACCCCGCCUGUCAACAGCACAGAGGGAGUUAUGACUGCUGCUAACAGAGGGAACUCCACUGGAAGUUCUCAGACUGGAGACGCUCUGGGGAAAGCUCUGGCUUCAAUCUACUCUCCCGACCACACCAGCAGUAGCUUCCCCUCGAACCCCUCCACGCCGGUGGGCUCCCCGUCUCCUCUCACAGCCCAGGCGGGAGCUGCGUCGUCUGGGACAGUGGUGACGACCAGCGGACCCGCAGGAAGGGCGGGUGCUACCCAGUGGCCUCGCACGGCCGGACAGACCCCCUCUUCCCCGAGUUAUGAAAACUCUCUCCACUCUCUGAAAAAUCGUGUUCAUCAGCAGCUGCAUGAGCAUCUCCAGGAUGCCAUGUCCUUCUUAAAGGAUGUGUGUGAGUCCCGGAUGGAGGAUCGUCUGGACAGACUAGACGACGCGAUCCACGUCCUCCGGAACCACGCCGUGGGCUCCACCGCUUCUCUGCCCAGCGACAUCCACAGCCUGCUGGGGCAGGCGCACAACGGGCCAAUCGCAGCCCUCGGCUCCAGCUUCCCCGCAUCUGGAUUGGUCAGCAGCAGGACAGCGUCUUUGGGACCUGCUCAUCGGGAAGAAGCCGUCAGCCUCAACUCCAACCACACAGGACUGCAGAGCGGCGCCGCCUCCAGCGCCGAGCUCAACCACCAGGUCGACACCUUCAGAGGUCUCGCUGGAGGACUGGCGGCUCAGGUGGCGUCUGCCCUCGAGCUCAAACUGGAAAAUCAGGACAAAGACGACAUGCACGACAACCACUCCUCUGAAGAUCUCAAAUCAGACGACGAGAGCGACAAAAGAGACAUCAAGACACCCAGAGGAGGCACUCGAACCAGCAGCAUUAAUGAAGACGAGGACCUGAACCCGGAGCAGAAGGCAGAGCGUGAGCGCGAGAGGAGAAUGGCCAAUAACGCGCGAGAGCGGCUGCGAGUGCGAGACAUCAACGAGGCGUUUAAAGAGCUGGGCCGCAUGUGCCAGCUGCACCUGAAGAGCGAGAAGCCCCAGACCAAACUCCUCAUCCUGCACCAGGCCGUCGCCGUCAUCCUCAGCCUGGAGCAGCAAGUCAGGGAGCGAAACCUGAACCCCAAAGCUGCCUGCCUUAAGAGGAGAGAGGAGGAGAAAGUGUCAGGCGUUUCGGGGGAACCCCAGCAGCACCCCUCCGUUCACCCCGGCCUGACAGACACAUCCAACCCUAUGGGCCACCUGUGAGCGCUCUGCAGAUCAAAGUGAUGGAGGGAGUCUGUAAGAUAGCGGCGGUGACCUUGCUUUCCAAGGGCAGACAGGACUCACAGCUUGUGACACAAAUUUGAAAAGACAGAGAAGCACUCGCAGCCAAAUCCCACCGUCAAGCAAUCCUGAGCUCCAAGAGAACUGGCAAGAGCCAAACUUCCUGAGAAGACAUCCAGCGUUGUUCAGCACAUUUCUGCCCGAGAGAAACACACACACACACACACACUGAUACACACACAAAAUGCCCUUCAGCACAUAUCACUGUCUUCGAGCAGUGUGUCACAUCUGUACAAUCAGAGACUGUCGCGGUCCCCAACACGUGGAAGUUGCCUUGUGCCUAAACUGAAUUGACGAAUGCAUUGUAACAGCAAUUUACUUUCUUUAUUGUUUCAUUCGUUUGUUUGUUUGUUUGAUUGUUUGUUUUGUGGGUUUUUUCCUAUUUAUUAUGUUACUGAACUAUAAAGUCUAUGUUUAAAGGGAAAGUUAUGACAUUGUGUUGAGAAGCCGGUGGUAUUUCAGUAGAUCUUCAGUUUGCCGGGUUUCAGCGGUUCUGAUCCGGCCCUCGGAACGCCGAACUCCGCUACGCACGGGUGAUUAAAUACGGGAUUUAUACCCUUUUAUUCAAAAGCUCAGAUCAGAUGUUUGAAAUCCAUGUGUGGCAUUUGAAUCAUGUGUCUCGAGCUCCGCCCCCUUUUUACAAGAAAAUUAAAAAAACAAAAAUACUUUAAAUAAGAAGAAAUAAUAUAUUGUUUAUAUUUAUGUUUAUAGAUUCAUUCCACGAAAAGAAAAACAUGCCGGCAAGCAUGAAGAACCAAAACUACCUAACUGCCGAAGUGUGUGCUGUUUAGCGGAGCUCAGCUUAGCUUAGCCUAGCGUAGCGUAGCUUAGCGUAGCUCUGGGAGACUCCGGGCCACAGACUGAGCGCAGGAAACGCAGUGGAGGGCGGGACAAGAGGCAAACUCCAGCUUUACUGAAAGGUCAAAAGGUCAACUGCAGGCUGACAUGUUUCUAGUGAUUAGUACGCAGUUCAGAUACAGAGAGCAGACCAGUUACUAAACCCUAGCAUUCCUCGCAUACUUCAUAGUGUCUUAACCGAAGGAAAAGAGGGGCGUGUCUGUCGUCUUGUCCUUUUAAUUCCUUUGCCAUAUAGUGUUAUUAAAGUGAAAAGAAAAAUAAUGGCAUAUUUCCAUUUCUCUUGCAGUUUAUCAUGUUCUGAUGUUACAUUAGAAUGUUACUUUCAUUAUUAUUUUGGUCUUUGCUUAGUUGAGAACAGGGCGGUGGCAGCACGGUGGUCAAGCGAUGCUUGGAUGCUUGUUUUUGAGAAGGGGGAGGGGCAGGGGGCGUGGUUUAUUUGCUGCAGCUUCCAGGCCCCUCCUCCUGCGCUUUAGCCUGUAGGUAGCCUGAAGCUGAGGAAGAAUGUAGACUCUAUAUUAUAUAUAUUAGCUCUGUCGCAGUG